CGCAACACUGGCAUCUGCAAUCCAGUUUCAAUUACAUGGCGUAAGCAGACUUAAAUGUGCACGGACAUGCUUCGAAACACUUGGCUGCACCGCGAUGUCGUAUUUAAAGAGCUCAAAAUCUUGUACUUUAUACGAGUUGACGAUUUUGGAACCACCUUGCUCUUCCGUCGAGCGACUACUUGUAAAGAGAUUACAGUGUGUCAAUGGAGGACGCGGUGUUAGAAACGAGUGUAUUUGUAAUGGUGACGUCAUUGGUACUACAGGUGCGGAUUCUGUUACCACAACAUCAGAUGCAGCUUUGGCGACGUCCACUGAAUCCCCGACCACUGACUUAGUUACCACAGCAACGUCCACAGAAUCCCUGACCACUGACUCAGCUACAACAGCGACGUGUACUGAAUCCCCGACCACUGACCCAGUUACUAUAGCGACGUCCACUGGAUUCCCGACCACUGACUCAGUAACCACAGCGACGUUUUCUGAAUCCCCGACCACUGACUUAGUUACUUCAGCAACGUCCACUGAAAUCCCGACCACUGACUCAGUUACCCUAGCGACGUCCACUGAAUUCCCGACCACCGACGCAGUUACUACAGCGGCGUCCACUGAAUUCCCGACCACUCAGGAAAUAACCACUUCGUCUAGUCUGACUCUCCCAGUUCCAGAUGUGCACAUCACCUUUGAUGCUGAUUCUGUAAGUGGAACAACAAUCAUGUCAACCGUUGGUACAAUCAUUGGAACUCUCCAGUCUUCUCCUGCUUUCGUAUCAGGCAAGGUAGGAAACGCCGUGUCCUUCAGCGGAACUGGCCAGCGGAUCGACUUUGGAAAUCAGCGUGGUACUUGCCUGGGAGAUCUUGGCAAUUGUGCCAGUGGACACACAAUGGUAUUUUGGUUUUAUCACGCGACGACCUUAUCUGCAACGUAUUACUAUAUAUCGACGGGAGGGCAACCUAACGGCGCAGCUAGUCAUGGGGUAGCGGUGCGUUUUAAUCUGGACAAUACCUUGGGUUUCUAUCACUCAACACCAGCAAAUGAACAAUGGGCGACGGAAUUGAACAAUAUUGCUGUCAACACGUGGUAUCACGUCAGUGUCACGUGGAGGGCGACUGGCGGGCAGAAUGUAUACAUCAAUGGCGUGCUUGAAGCCACAAAUACUGCUUCAUAUUCUAAAACCUCUUCGCCAACUUCAUACAACAAUUUUAAAUUAGGAACACCCAAUAAUCAUAACGGAAAAUAUGGCAAGGGAAUGCUGGAUGAAUUCCGUUUCUACGACGCAGAAUUAAGUUCUUCUGAAAUAGCCGCGAUUUAUUCAGUCGACAACAUUUAAUUUAAUUGAAUUGAAUCAUUAUUUGUAUUUGUGUUUUGUUAUAUAAUCCAAAGUAUAACUUUUUGACUGAAAGAUAGAAGUAGAAUAGUGCUCUCCAAGAUAUUGUAAUUUUGAUCAGCAAUCGAAUUGUUUAGAUUUUCUGUUUAUUUGGGGUUGUGAUUCAGACCUACAAAAGACAAAAAUGGGCAAAACAUGAAACUUCAAACUAAGUGACCGUGCGCAACUGGAAACUGGAAAUUGCGCACGAUGAGGAGAUGGCCUACAAAUCCAAUAUCUAUUGGUAUAAUCCAAAACGAUAAUAUCAUUAUUUUUUGUGCUUAAGUUGAUGAUAACAUAUUGUUUAAAUGUAAAAAGAAGAAUGUGUCUAACAAUACUCCUAGUCAAAAAUAAAACAGUCC